AUGUCCCAGACCACCAUGACCGUCACGGCUCGAAAGCCCGAGAAGAAGAAUGCGGAGGCCUCUUUUCCAGAUGUGAACACCAUCCGGAAUGCCAUUCCAGCGCAUUGCUUCAAGCCGUCCACGCUACGGUCAUUGUCUUACGUGGCUCGGGAUAUCACCCUCGCGGUCGCUUUGGGCUGGCUGGCUCUGACCUACAUCCCCCAGCUUCCCACUACGCUGUAUCGCACAAUCGCGUGGAUCGUCUACGGUUUCUGCCAGGGCUGCGUUGGUACUGGUAUCUGGAUCCUCGCGCAUGAGGCUGGUCACGGUGCCUUCUCAGCGCACCAGACCUUGAAUGAUGUGGUUGGCUGGACUCUGCAUUCAGCACUGCUUGUCCCGUACUUCUCGUGGAAGUUCUCCCACCACCGCCAUCAUCGCUUCACCGGCAACAUGGAGAAGGACAUGGCAUUCGUGCCAGCGACCCGCCCGAAUACCCCAAAGAGGGGCUUCAGCACGCUCUAUCUGGACCCUGAGUGGCUUGAGGAUUUCGAGGAUGCUCCGGUGAUCCAACUGCUACGUUUGCUAGUGCACCAGCUCGGUGGAUGGCCGGCAUACCUCUUGUUCAAUGUCUCGGCUGGUUCAGACAGCCGCCAGUGGGAGGGAUCAAGCUGGUUCCGCAACAGCCACUUUGACCCUUACAGCGCAGUAUUCCGACCCAACGAAGCCGGCUACAUCGUGCUCUCAGAUAUCGGCCUGGCAAUCACGGCUGCAUGUCUUUAUAUGGCGUCUACCGUACUUGGCGGAAGCACCGUCUUCCUACUGUACGGUGUUCCAUACCUUUGGGUUCAUCAUUGGCUUGUCGCUAUCACGUACCUGCAUCACACUCAUCCAGAACUGCCUCAUUACGAAGCUGAGUCCUGGACUUUCGUCAAGGGUGCUCUGGCCACGGUUGACCGUGAUUUCGGAUUCAUUGGGCGUCACAUGUUCCACGGCAUCAUCGAGACCCAUGUCGUUCAUCACCUUUUCCCGCGCAUUCCAUUCUACUAUGCUGAUGAGGCAACUGAGGCUGUGAAGCCUCUGCUUGGCGACCUUUACCACCGCGAUGAUCGAUCCUUCAUGAGCCAGUUGUGGACCACGUUCAACGAGUGCAAGUUUGUCGAAAAGAACCCCAAGGUGCCUGGCGCAUUGAAGUGGGCGGAUUAA